AAUGGCGUAGUAAAAAGCAAGAGCUUAUGCUUGCACAACCUCAUAUUAAGUGUUUAAAUAGUGGUCCACGGCCUGCUUAUCCCGAACUUGAAUUAGAACUUGCUACAUGGGUCAAAAAUUUACGUAAUAAUUUAAAGCCUGUUAGUCGUUUUAUGAUACAAGCAAAAGCAGCUGGUUUAGCUAGUUUACCACAAUAUGCAAAUCAGUUUCCUCAUAUUA